AUGAAUGGAGGUGACAUGGACUCAGGCUCCUUGUUGAUGGAGAAGAGGGCCAUUGUCCUGGUUGGCUUCUUGUUCUUUUUGUGUCUGGUGGCAGUGAUGGGCAAUGGCUUCAUCACUGUGGCCUUGGGCAUUGAGUGGCUGCUGAGGAAAAAGGUGUAACCCUGCGAUAAAUUGCUGGUCAGUCUGGGGACCUCACGCUUUUGCCUGCAGUGUGUGGUGAUAGAGAGGAGCAUUUAUCUCUUCCUCUACCCCAGAGCCUUCCCCUACAACCCUGUGAUGCAGCUCUUCACCUUCCAGUGGGACUUCUUUAACAUCAUCACUCUGCGGCUCUCCACCUGGCUUAGCGUCUUCUACUGUGUGAAGAUCGCCACAUUCACUCACCCAGCCUUCCUCUGGCUCAAGCAGAAGGUGUCCAGGUGGAUGCUGCUCAGCUCCCUGGGGAUCUCCAACCUGAGUGCCAUCCUGUUCUUCUUUGGCAACCAGUGGUUGUAUCAGAUCCACUUAAUGAGAGACCUGCACGCUGGGAACAACACCGGGAAUGGCAUGAGGAACUCCUAUGAGAAGUUCUACUUCUUCCUGCUGAAGGUGGUUACCUGGACUGUGCCUGGGGUUGUCUUUCUUGUAGGCAUGUUUCUGCUCAUCAUGUCUCUAGGCAAGCAUGCCAAGAAGACCCUCCUGACCAUCUCAGGGUUCUGGGAUGCCAGCACCCAGGCCCACUUCAAGGCUCUACUGGUCCUCAUCUCAUGUUCCAUCCUCUUCAUCUCCUAUUCCCUGUCACUGGUGCUCAACUGUGCAGGUGUCUUUCCAUUUCAGGAACUCCAAUACUGCAUGUGGCAGGUGGUGAUCUAUGUAUGAACAGCUGUGCACCCCAUUAUUCUGCUCUUGAGUAACCCCAGGCUCGGAGCCUACUGCUGAGGAGGUGCUGCCCAAUGUCUGGCGUGUCGUAAGCAACAAGCCUCAGAGUGACACUGACAUAGAGGCAGAGCAUAAUGGGUAUCAUG